CCCUCGGACACAGCGGAUCACGGAAAGAGCCGAAGAUGUCGGCUCGGUCAUGCGAUCAGCUGUGUCCAAUCAUAGCAGAUCACAUAAGUGCCACCUGUCAGUGUCCAUCAGUGCCAGCAGUCAGUGCUCAUCAGUGCCACGUGCCAGUGCCCAUCAGUGCCACAUCAAUGCCACAUAUCAGUGCAUCCCAGUGCACAUCAAUGCCACAUAUCAGUGCCCAUCUGAGCUGCCUUUCAAUGUCACCCAUCAGUGCCAGUCAGUGCCACCUAUCAGUGCCAAUCAGUGCCACCUAUCAGUGCUGCCAAUCAGUGCCACCUAUCAGUGCCAGCCAGUGUUACCUAUCAGUGCGCAUCAAUGCCGCCUAUCAGUGCCAGUCAGUGCCGCCUAUCAGUGCCAGCCAGUGCUUCCUAACAGUGCCAGUCAGUGCCGCCUAUCAGUGCCAGUCAGUGUUGCCUUUCAGUGCCAUAUAUCAGUGUCAUGUAUCAGUGCUGCAUGUCAAUGCCCAUCAGUGCAACCUACCAGUGCCUCCUCAUCAGUGCCACCUAUCAGUGUCCAUCAGUGCAGCCUAUCAGUGCCCAUCACUGCAG